AUGUUUGAAAAUUGCAGUGAGAUUAUCCAGGAGUUGAUUUACCAUGACAUGGACAACAUUGAUCACGCGGAAAUUCUGGAAGCCUUAGAAUAUUUCUGCAGGCUAAUCACGAGUGGAAAUUUGACAGCCAUAAAUGAAUACUUCCAAAGAGAAUGCUGCACCGUUGGCAUGCAUUUGCAGUUGUGUCAUGAAUUCGCUGGCUCGCAUUUGAACAUGUCUCUUGAUCUCAACUGCUCCGAUAUGAGGUCAUCUCACGUCAUGGGUGAUUCCCUUCACAACGUGACGUCUUUCUCGGCGAUAAAUGAUCAUUUCGAUAUAAUGACGUUUGCACUUAUUGUCAUCCUUCUUCCAAUUGGAGUUGCCGGAAACCUGUUAAUUUUAUACGCCAUUUUGAAGAUGAAAUGCCUUCCGAUACAAACAGGAUAUUUCCUAAACAAUCUUGCUAUCGCUGAUUUAGGUGUUAUUGUUGAAUUUAUUGCAUACUUUAUAUAUCAUAAAGAUGACGGUCCAGUCUCGGAAAACAUACAUAAGUACUUAUUCCCGUCGAUCGACAUUUUUUUCGGUUCCGUCUCUUUGCUACAGGUGACGUGUAUCAGUAUUGAAAGAGCGGUAGCCGUAACAUGGCCGUUGAAAUAUCCGUCAUACAUCUCAAUGAGACGUGCAAAGUAUGUUGUUUAUUUCAUCUGGACAUUUAGUUUACAUCUUGUUGUGUUGGGUCUACUUCGUAUUGUUAUCACUGACAAAACCUACGCUCGUUCUGUGUUUUAUUUCCAAGUUGUGGUACUUCUACUGAUACCAAUGAGCGUUAUUGUCAUAGCUUACUUAUUUGUUUUCGUAUCUGCGUAUCAAAAUCUCUCCCAGGAAAGGCGACGAUUAAAAAUGCUGACGUUUAUGUUGAGAAAUAACGACGUCGUGGCACAGCAGGACGACGGCGACAGAAAACUUACUUGGAAAUCCAAUUCCAUUCGAUGUAAAGAAAUCAAGUUAUCCUUGAAUGUUGCUAUGGUAGUUGUACCGUUUUUACUAGUGUGGGGCUUCUUUUUUUUCGUGAAUGUUUAUGAAUCAGAAACAGAGCAUCAAAUUACUGGAGUGUACAACUGGCUAGUCACAAUCCUACCCUUCUGCGUAUCUACUACAAACCCAGUGUUGUAUCUAAUAUUCACUCGAUCUUUGCGCAAUGCUGUCAAAUCCGUUAUUAAACGAAAAGUACGGAAGAGACUUAGUCGUACAGAGUUGAGCACUAUAACGCUUUCCUCAAACACUGGAAAUAACAGUCGUCGACCGUCAUCUGUUACUUAUAACGUCACGGCGCUUAAUAGCAGCGGUCGAAAAAUAGGUCGGGAUUUUACUUACUUACUGGCGCCAGAAAUCGAGGAGGAACAAUUAGUCGAGUAUUAG